UGGACGUCAUGGAUUUGUGGUGGCAAUAACUGGGGUGGAUAACAUUGGGAAAGGGCUGAUUCGUGAUGGAACAGGCUUUGUAACAUUUCCUGUCAAGUAUCAAUGUGUUGUCUUCAGGCCUUUCAAGGGUGAGAUUUUAGAAGCGGUUGUUACCAUGGUCAAUAAGAUGGGAUUUUUUGCUGAAGCUGGUCCUGUUCAGAUCUUUGUGUCAAAUCAUUUGAUACCAGAUGAUAUGGAGUUCCAGUCUGGAGACAUACCAAAUUAUACAACUUCAGAUGGAUCAGUUAAGAUUCAAAAGGAUAGUGAGGUGAGGUUAAAGAUAAUUGGUACUCGAGUUGAUGCUACAGAAAUUUUUUGCAUUGGUACGAUAAAGGAUGAUUUCUUGGGUGUCAUCAAUGAUCCUGGUGCAUCAGCUUAGUGAAUCUCAAUGUUGAAAAGUUUACAUUGCAAAGGAGAAGAAUGUGUAGCUAGAGAUUUUACCAUAUGGGCUGCAGUUCUAAUAUUUAUAUGCUGGCUAUGUACUGUACUAAGGAGCAGGGUAUAUCCACAUGGGCUGCUGCUGUUGCAUUCAUUUUGUAUGAUUCCUAGUUCUUUUUAGAUUUCUGAAGUUAUUGUUAGUUUUGUAGCAAUAUCAACAGCAUCGUAAUUUGUAAUUUAGAUAAAUUAAGGCCUCAAAAUCUGUGGACUGAAGAGAUUAUUAUACGGAAAAAGAAAAGUGGAAGGGAGUGAACUUCCCCGUUAUUGCAUUCA